AUGAGGAAUACAAUUACUUUUAUCGAAGUUGGGAUUACUUCGCAAAAUUGCCUCAAGCAGGUCGAAGUUGAGAAGUUCCACAAAUAUGACUUAUUGGCAAAUGAACUUGAAGCAAUUCAUCACGCAAAAGUUAAAGUAAUCCCUGUUGUAAUGACCUGGGAUGGAAUUGUCUCAAGAUUUUUCAAGGGUCAUCUUGAUGUCCGCAAGCUGGAAGAAAGAGUGAGAGCAUAUAUUCAGACAGUGGUUCUGAGGAAGACAUUGGAGAGCAUGCAGGCUGAAGAGAGGCAUGGUAUAUCGAUACCUAGUGAGGAGAAAGCUGAAACGGAAUGUCAACCAAGGGCGGCCUCAGAAUGUGGAGUGUGCUUCGACGAGAACACACCCAUACGGUCACUGGAUUAUGGGCCCAAAAAGAGAAGAUUAAGCUAA